UGGUUUGGAAUCAUCCUAGCCUAUCUAAAAUUAUUACUUCUAGGUAAAAAGUGAGGGGGUGUAAUAGCUCGGAGUUAUCGAAAUGAGGUGAUAUCCGAGACACUCAGCCCCUUUUGUUGGACUUGUGCAUCGUAACACAGCAUAUGCAAACCUGAAAGGACUUAAGACUAAAGACCGAUCGGAAUAUAGCCUUGCAUUAUGUCCAUCAGAAGGCUAGCCCAUCGACGUCACUGUGGUAAGAGGAUAGUAAAUGCAGCGAUCACUUGAGACUUAGGUGUUUCCAAUUAUUCAGAAGCAAUCCUGUCGUAUUAAAAGCGCCACUAAAAAGCAAGUCCUCGAGGUAUGUUGAGCAACUCAUCUCCUUCAUUCAAGUCUAAGAUCUAAGACAUCGCUACGUAUUCAACCACAAUGGAUCCACCCAACACCAAGCCGUACCAUCUUCCUUCAGAUGCUGUCUGGUUUGUUACCGGUUGCUCAUCAGGAAUUGGCAAGGCCCUAGCCCAACUCAUUGCUAAGACCUCCAAUCGAGUUGUAGCAACUGCCCGCAAAGCAGCAUCUUUAUCGGACAUUCCCAAUAACGAGCAUGUCCUGAAGUUGGAGUUGGAUGUUAACUCUAUCAGCUCCAUCGAAGCUGCACUCCAGGCAACCCUAGAGAAGUUCGGGCGGAUCGAUAUCGUUGUUAACAAUGCAGGCUACACACUUGCUGGCGAUACCGAAGCUGCUGGAGAUGAAGAAUCUCGGGCUGUGAUGGACACCAACUUCUGGGGGAUGGUCAAUACUACCAAGAGAUGCCUCCGAAUCAUGAGGGAAGAGAACUCCAAGAAUGGCCAGCAAGGCGGCGUGAUCAUGAACGUGAGUUCUAUGGGAGGUUUUACCGGUUAUCCAGGACAGGCCUUUUACCAUGCCAGUAAAUUCGCGAUGGAAGGGUUCACCGAAUCUGUGGCAAAGGAAGUGCCAUCUUCAUGGAACAUCCAUCUAUGCAACAUCGAGCCUGGUGGCGUCAAGACCAACUACGCAACAUCAUCUUUGAAACACAUAGCCAUAAAGCACCCAGCCUACGAUAACCCUAACUUCCCGGCGAAGCAGCUUCUCAACCAUAUGGCGAGCGAACAAGGCCGAGCUCUGUGGGCAGAGCCGAGUGACUUGGCGGUGGCUAUGUACCAAAUUGUCGGACGUAGACAACGAAUCCCAAUUCGUAUUCCCUUGGGAUCUGACGCCUGGGGCAUGGUCGCUCAUGACCUUGAUAGUACUAGGAAGGACUUGGAGGAUGUCAAAGACAUUAGUUUCUCCGUGGGCGACGCGAGGCAGUUGGAAUCUAUUCACUUCCUGGCUUAGUUUUACCAGGUAUAAGUGAAAUAUUCUUAUGUAGUUCUCCUAUACUUUACUGUCAUAUAGUUACAAUAUUAGCUAUCUCUUAAACUCAAGCAUUCAUAAG